AUGGUUCCAUCAUCUUAUUGUGAUGUUUGUACAGAGGGAGGAAGUUCUCCGUGCAAUACGAAUAAGUUUUACUCCGUAUAUGCAAAAGAACAGGGCAAAGAAACUCUAAUCGGAUGUUUCAAAUACGUGUACUUCAAGACACCUCACACGUUCAAAAACCUUACUUUUGCCGAAUGUUUUAAUCAUUGUAGGAACAUUUCAACGCAGUUUAUGGCUUUCAAGAAAGGUUUCAUCUGUUUGUGUGGAAAUGAGAUCAACAUUUUUGGUCACUACCCAUAUGAAGACUGUUUAGAAGAUCAGUUGAGAUUUUUUCGGGUUUACAAAGUGGUUUUUAUUUCAUCAGUUUUCUCCGAUUACGAUUACAUUGACGGGAUGAAAUUAUAUCAUUUCUGUUUGAAUGACGAAAUUGAAGAUGGCCAGCUGUGUAAACCUGGCGCGUGCGUUCCUGGCUGGAAAGGUGGUGUCUGUGAUGUCAGGGACUGCAGUGUCGCCAAUGGAAACUGCCCAAGUAUAAUGGAAUGCGUUGAGGAGAAGUCAAAUCGCUCUCAGUGCUUUUGUAGAAAUGGAUUUGUGAGGUCAAAUAGUACAAGGUGUACAGUCCUGAAAGAAAAAGUGUCUAAAACCCCUGUCAAAACAGUUUCGACAACUAGCACAACCGAAAAUAAACCAAACGUAAAUUAA